CUCCUCCAUUCCUCUCCGAGCGAGAGGGAGAGAGAGGGAGGGACCAGCGCCUGCUAUCGGGUGGCAAUCGAGAAUUUCUCCGAGUUUGUGGGAAGAACCAGUUUGGAUUGGCUCCCUCAAGUGGUGUCGUAGGCCCUGUCUCUUUUGCAAGUUUUCGUCUGCUUGAGUACAAAUGAUACCCAGGUCUUAUCCUAAGCCUGCCAUGUGUUUGAUGCUUCGUAACUGUUUUUUUUAAUCUGAUAUCUUUUGGGGAAUAUAAAGGAAUCCCAUAUUCUUAAUGUUAGAGGCCUUAAAGUUUCCAACUUGAUACGAAUUCGUUUCUAUAAUUAUAACAAAAAUUAGUUUUUUUUGGAGGUUAGAAGCUGAGACGGGUCCCAAUCUUAGCCACAAGAUGACAUCUUUCCCGAUAUUUGAAGCUAUGGAAGGUUUGUUUUGGUGAUGGGUAUAACUUCUGCUUCGUUUUUUUGGAAGUCACAAUAGUCUGGUAUAGGAGGCUCGAAUCCAUUCAAACUGGUAUCCUUGUCGUAAUUGAGAAUUGGACGUGCUUCAGCUGUUGUCACAUUCGUUUGUAAAAUUGUAGAGGCUGAUAUAGUUCUCUUUUGGUGGGUAGAAGCUGAUGUUUUGGAGGGCAGAAGCUGAUAUAGUUCUCUUUUUAAUUUAUAAUUUUCUUUGGGAACAGAGAUGCUGCAAAAUGUUUAGUCUCUUCCAAAGUGCCUUUUCAUAGACAUAUCCUUUUGGGUUCUAUCUCUUUCACUUUGUAGACAUGAUGAUGUUGCUGCAUGGUUUCCCUGCAAUCUGCAUAACACCUUAUGGCUCUCCUUUAGAAAGAAAUUCAUUCAAAAGAAAAAGAUCCCAGGUACCAUUUUGCUACCAUCGACUGAAUUUCCUAUUGGGCAAAGAGAGAUUUUGUCCAGAUAUCCUUACAGUGGAUGAAUCGGAGGUAUCGUCUAUGAUGGUCAAAUGUGGUAGAUGGAACGGAUCCAAGCCACUGGAGAUGUCAGGAAUUAAUUGUCUCCUCUUCCCUAAAAGAAGGGACAAUCUGGUAACUUUUUCGAGUUUUAAAGCUGGAUUUGUUUAUGAAAAAGAUGUCGGCAUGUCCACAUGGAAUCGGGCAAAGCAAUUCAUCACUAAUAAUCAUGAAGACAUACAGCUGCCUUUUGUGACUCCAGUUAUUCCAGAGGAGCUUAUUAUUGAACUGAGAAAUAGACCAUCUUCCGCUAGCUCAGAGAGGGAGCACAUUCUUUCUGAAGUGAAAUUGCACUAUUUAGAUGAAAGGGAUGAAGAGACAUUAUCAAAAAGAAUUUUGAGCCUUAGCAGAUCUAAUAAAGUCAGAAGUGCCUUGGAAUUAUAUGCAUCAAUGGAAGUCUCUGGCCUUCAACCGAAUGCACAUGCUUGCAACUCUCUUGUCUCCUGUCUCUUGAGAAAUGGAUCACUUAAUGAUGCAUUGAGAGUUUUUGAGAUGAUAAGAAAGAAAGAAAUCGCUACAGGCCAUACAUAUAGCUUGAUACUCAAGGCUGUUGCCAGCACUCAAGGUUGUGAUUCUGCCUUGAAAAUGUUUGAUGCAUUGGAAGAAGAAGGCAUAUCAAAGAAAAAGUUUGAUGCUAUUGUUUACAAUACAAUGAUAUCGGUAUGUGGAAAAGCAAAGAACUGGGUUGAGACAGAGAGAAUGUGGAGAAAACUCAGGCAGAAUGCUUUUAGAGGGACAAAAAUUACUUAUGACCUGCUCAUCAGCACUUUUGUGCAGUGUGGUCAGACAGAACUAGCAGUCGAUGCUUACCAUGAAAUGAUUCAGAAUGGGCUGGAACCAAAUGAGGAUAUUAUGAAAGCAAUAAUCGCCUCUUGCACUAAGGAAGGUAACUGGGCAUUGGCUCUCAACAUUCUUCAAAAAAUGUUGAACGAUGGAAUCAAGCCAAAUAUUAUUACCUUCAACUCAAUGAUAAACUGCCUUGCAAAGGCUGGGGAAGGAGAACUUGUAUUUAGUAUUUAUGAUAUGAUGAAGUCCUUGGGGCACACACCUGAUACAUAUACAUGGAGUGCAUUGCUCUGUGCCUUAUACAGGUCUAAGAGAUAUGUUGAUGCCCUACAACUUUUUGAGGGGAUUAAAACAGAACAGCACUUUCAGCUAAAUGCUCAUAUAUGUAACACUGCUUUGAUGUCUUGUCAAAGACUUGGUUUAUGGGAGCGUUCAUUACAGCUUUUAUGCCAGAUGGAAAGAAGUGGAAUGCAAAUGUCCACUGUGUCUUAUAAUCAUGCGAUUGGUGCUUGUGAGGUUGCUAGGGAGCCAAAAGUUGCCCUGCAAGUCUACCAGCAUAUGAUUCACAGGAAGUGUGCUCCAGAUACAUUCACAUACCUAUCACUGAUAAGAACUUGUAUUUGGGGAUCUCUUUGGACAGAAGUGGAGGAAAUCUUGGAGCGUGUUGAACCAAAUUCAUCCCUCUACAAUGCACUUAUUCACGGAUUUUGUUUACGAGGCAAGAUCACAUUAGCAAAGAAGUUGUAUACAAAGAUGCGCAGUAUUGGCCUUAAACCGGAUGGCAGAACAAGAGCAUUGAUGCUGCAGCACCUGCCAAAUAAUAAAGUUUGGUAGCAUGUAUAGGACAAGAUGAAACGUCCACAGGAGUAGAGCAUCUGUAUUUCCUUGAGGGUACCCUUGUCAGCAAAGUGUAAACCUUCUACCUGGGCUUGAUGGUACUGCACAAUGUCUGGAUGAGAGGAAGCGACCUUGACAGGUUGACAAAUGGCCACUAUGGUUGCAGCUUUCAUGGACAGGGAAGAACAAGGAAUGCAGCUAGCUUUUUCCUAUAUAUGAGAUACAAGAGGAAGAGGCCUUUGGUUCCUGGAUAGUAAAAGGACCGCGUCAUGGAGUUCGUUAACAAACUAUGCAUUUGGAUGGGGAAAACAGCCUAUUCCCAUGGUUGAGAGCAACACUUCGAGAACUGGCAAGCAUCAAAUAGUUCUUCAUGGCACUUGCAAAGCAACCAGGUAAUUAGUAACAAGAAAACACGGAAUCAGAACAUAAGCACUGUAGUACUGUGAACAGAAGAGGGAGUAGCAUCAGAAUUUUGCUGCCAAGGAAGGGAUGAAGCUUGUGAAGUGUCUAAUGAUAAGAAAGAGUGCUUGAUAGGAUGGAACAUUUCACAUACAUUGCAAGUAUACUGAGUACCAAGCUUCACAAAGUACAGCAUAAAAUUGAUUUUCUUAGCAUGACUGCUAUUUUAUAGCUUGUAUAACAUCUUCUAUGGAUCAAUUGUGUUUGUUUGAUGACUUGUAAAUAUACUUUAGGACCAUUGCUGAGAUGGAGCAUAUGAUUAUGGUGCAGUAGGUUGGAUA